UUGAAGAGAUUGUCUCGUAUUAUGUUUACAGCGAAACAAUACGGCGAGAUGGCUGCCCGUUCGAUCUUGAGAUACCUGAAACCUAAAUCCGUGAUAUUUCAAAGCCAACGAUGCGCCUCCUUAUCAGGUUUCGACAUCCAGCACAAGACUCCUACUAUCAGGAAAGUGAUGCCCAUACCAAAGGCCCACUACGGUGGGAGACACACCGUCACCAUGCUGCCUGGUGCUGGUAUCGGACCUGAGUUGAUGUCUUAUGUAAAGGAGGUCUUUAAAUAUGCUGGUGUGCCUGUGGACUUUGAAGAUGUCGAGAUUGAUCCAAAUGCGGAUGACAAUGUCGAUUUGGAUUACGCAAUUAUGUCGAUACGUAGAAAUGGCGUGGCCCUGAAGGGAAAUAUAGAAACGCGCAGCACAGAAGCUGGCGUUAUUUCUCGAAAUGUCGCUCUGCGAAAUGAGCUCGAUCUUUACGUGAACGUUCUGCACUGCGUUUCUUAUCCAGGCGUGAACUGCCGCCAGAAGAAUAUCGACAUCGUUAUAGUGAGGCAGAAUACUGAGGGCGAGUAUUCCAUGUUGGAACACGAAAGUGUCAAUGGUGUUAUCGAAAGCAUGAAGGUUAUCACGAGCUCGAACUCGGAACGUGUUGCUCGUUACGCAUUCGAGUAUGCUAAGAGAAACGGCCGAAAGAAAGUCACGACGGUUCAUAAGGCAAACAUCAUGAAGCUGUCGGAUGGACUCUUCUUGGAAAUCUCGCGGCGAGUCGCCAAGAAUUACCCCGACAUCAUCCAUAACGAUAUGAUUAUUGAUAAUUGUUGCAUGCAGCUUGUGUCGAAUCCGCAUCAGUUCGAUGUCAUGUUAACGACUAAUCUUUAUGGCGCCAUCGUGUCGAACGUGGUGUGUGGUCUAUUGGGCGGCGCUGGGCUGCUAGCUGGUAAGAACUACGGCGAUCAUUACACAGUUUUUGAGCCAGGCACUCGUAACACUGGAACCAGCAUCGCCGGUAAGAACAUCGCGAAUCCUAUUGCGAUGUUGAAUGCAGCAGUCGACAUGCUACGUCAUCUAGACCAUAAACAUCACGCUACCAUCAUCCAAAAUGCGAUCAACAAGACUCUCAAUCAAGGAAUUCAUACCCGUGAUCUCGGCGGCAGCGCUACAAGCCGAGACGUUGUUGAUAACAUUUUGAAACAUAUCAAAAUCGCAACAGCUUAAAGAAAAAUCAAAAAAGACUGAAAAUUUUUAUUCUGAUCGAAAUCUCUUGUAGCAGCCGCGAGUGGCGAAUUCAAAAUGCAUAUACCAAGAAUCUUGUGAUGUGUGAUUUCUAGUGAAAUAACAUAAAGAAUGUAAAUGUUAAGAUAUAGCUAGAGCAAUUAUGAUAAAAAAACGUUCCGACAAUAUAACGUGAUGUCUACUGGCUUGAAACUGCGAGAAUUUCUCUUUCACAAAAUCGUUACUUGAUCAUUGUUCUUAAAUAAUUGGUCGGAUUUCUAUAGAUCAAUAUGCUCUGUAAUAUAUUAGUCUGUUCAAUAAUCGAAAUUUGUAAAAUAAUUCAAUGUACAUUAUAAGUAGUAGCAGUUCCUAGAUAAAUUUACCAAAUAUUGUAAUUAUCGUCAUGAUAAGAGUAACUUGUAUGAAAUGUAAAGUACUUGUUAUAUUGUAUUAUUAUCAUUACAAGAAUACUCACCGACACUUGCGCGUCUGUGUAAAAAAAUAUGAUCAUAAUUUAUUAAGUCGACAAAUAUUCGUAUAUGCCGCCUUAGUACAAUUUUAUCUAGUUGAAUUUAAAACUUUGACACAAUGUAAAAUUACACUUUACUGUUAAGAUAAUCAUUACGUUGUAAAGUGUAUAUAUCCCGCCGUAUUCGUAUAAAUAAAAUGUAUAAAUUUA